AUGGCACCGGGCUCUCUCAAGGAUUGCCACAUUGUGGUCCUCAAGGGAAAUAAGUUCCGCGGAGACUACACGAUGCCAAAUCUCAAGAAGUGGAUCGAGAGUGGCGGCGGUCAUGUGGAAUUCAAAGAGGUGCUUACUGAGCGAACCACUCACGUCGUCAUGGAUGAAGAUACCUGGUUGGAUCAAGGUCCAUUCAUUCAGGAGAUCCUCAAAGCGGAGAUCAAGGGCUCCUCCGAGCAAGCGGGCCGAGAGAUUCACAUCGUCAGCUUCGACUGGCUGCAAGAAUGUCUUGACAAUCGUGUGAAGAGACGCGAGAGCCUUUACAGAUGGAAGAAACUGGCCGGCGGCGUUCUCAAGAAUUCGGGUCGUUCUCCAAAGGAGCCUGGUAAUACCCAGGGAGACAUGUUGGCCACAUUGAUGACCGAAACAGAUCGUUUCAUGAAUGCUGGAUUGAAGAAAACGGUUGAGAAGCGCAAGAGAGUUGACGCUGAGGAACGCGAGAAUGAACUCGAGAUGGAGGCGCAACAGUUCAUCAUUCACCGCAAGAAGAUGAGCAUCCCCGAGCAGGCGGCAGUCUUCAAGCGGGGAGCCAAGAGAGCUCGUAACGACAUCCUUUCUGACAAUCACCACAUCUUCAUUGACAACACAGGCUUCCCACUUGAUGUCACAAUAACCAAGGUCGACAUCAUCAACAAUGUCAACCAGCGUUGCGUCCUCACAUUACAGAUCUAUGAGUCAAACACCGUGCCAAGCUCCUACGCUUUCCACUGCGGUUUCGUUGGCACGGCCACCCUUCCACGCAACAAUAUCAUCGCAGCCAUCGGCAGCAACUUCCCCACCGCUUUCCGGGCCUUCAAGAAGACCUUCAAGCAGUACACGAAGGUUGAAUGGGACGACCGACUUCUGGAGGUUCAGCAGCGUGAAGCUAAAGCUAAGGCUAAGCGGGACGAGGGAGCGGAGAUUCCGUUCGACGAGCUUCCAUUCGAAUACUACCCGCCGACCUAUGGUCCACUCGGCGAACUUCCGCUCGCCCAGACUGAGGCCAUGGAUGCACUGGUGAAGUCUAUGGAUGCCGACAAGAAGGAUGCACUGGUGCAAUCUUUGGAGGCUGAGAAGGAAUCUCGACCCUUGAGCGUGGAGGACGAUGACGAGAGGAAGAUGAGCGGCGGCGAGGGUCCGGGAAAUGUCUCUCCAGGAUUCAUUGAGUUCAUGUCUUCUUCAGCAAAGGAGUCGGGCUUCCCUCCCGACGACCAGCUGAACGGUUCACCUUUCGCAUACCCUUUUGCGAUGGGCGGUAGAAAAGACGAUGCUAUCGUGGUGGAGGACGAUGACGAUGACGAAGACGAAGACACGAACCCUAAGGCCGCAUUCGCUCCAACGAGCAACAAUGAUACGGUCACACCUCUCAACACCAUCUACGGCGCAGGAAGCACUCCUGCUGAGCGGGACGAUGUCUCCACCCAGCAAGUUGGAACACAAUCUUACCAGCAGACCUACGAGUUUGACGACGAGCUUGGUCUCACGCAGUCAACUGGAUUCUCCGAGCUGGCCGUCGGAUCAUCGCAGAUUCCAAGUCAGCCACCAUAUGUGGCGCAGACCCAAGCUUUCGGUCAGACUCAGCUCGCGGAGUCUGCAUUGGCCUGGCUCCUGGAGGAUGAGCAGACUCAGGCCGGUGGAAAUGGUGCAGCUGGAGGGUCUUGA